UACAGCUGUUUUGAAAAUUCACCGUUAGAAGGCCGGGAAAAAAUUUAGGCCAUGUGGAUUUAUUUGAAGAAAAUAUAAAUUUAAAUUCCUACGGGCGUAUUUUAGUUUGCAGACAAAUGGGAGAGAUUUUGCUGAACACACCGAAAAGAGAGCAAUUACUCAAGGAUGGCCCACCCAUGCCCACCAGGUGCCAGAUUCUAGGACGCGGGGCCUAUGGCACCGUUUUUAAAGCUAUUUAUAGGGAUCGCUCAGUUGCUGUAAAGAUCAUUCGAGCCCAGGCGGCUUCUACUUUGCACAAUGAAUCGCAUUUGUUGAACUUGGAGCAUAGGAACAUUGUGCGCCUCCUUAAACUAGAAUCGGCCGCCGAGUUUGGGUUGGUCAUCAUGGAGUGCCCUAGAGGACAAAGUCUGCAGAGGAUCGUAGACGCUUUGGCCCUUCCACUUAUACACAGGGUUUUAAUAACCCUGGAUGUGGUUGCCGCUCUGAAGUACUGUCAUUCCCGGAACGUACUACAUCUUGAUGUAAAACCAACCAAUGUAUUGGUUGCUCUGGGAACAAAGUCUUCAGGAGUUGGCAAUUCUUCUAAGGUCAAGCGUAGCUACAUCUGCAAACUCUGCGAUUUUGGCUCCUCCAUUGAAAUGGGCGAGUUUUGUGCAAGGCAAGAGGCAGCUAUCGCCAAUGGAACCUUAAGAUACAUGUCUCCAGAAGCCUUGCGAUCCGACAACCUAUCUGAAGCCUCCGAUAUCUACUCCCUGGGCAUAACAAUGUGGCAACUGCAGACCCGCAGAUUGCCCUAUCACAUGCUCGAUUGCAACGAGACCAUAGCCUAUCAGGUGGUUAAGCACGAACUGCGUCCGGAUAGCUAUCACCAACUAAAGAUUCUGGCUUUGGAUAACCCCUGUGAAAUUGGGCCGACAGACAGCGAUUGGGACUUCAACGACGUGAUUUAUAGAAAGGCGCAUGGCCCGAUCUGUCGCAAUCUGAGCCUCGAUCCAUCUUACACCGCCGGCCGAGAUCUGAAAAAGAAGCGCCGACGGAACCGAUUAGCACUCCAUUUCGAUAGUCCGGCGCCAGAAGCGAGUGCGUGCCUGGAAAACGCUUACUCGAAACUAUACAAAAGCUGCUGGGUCAGCGCCCCGGAAUCACGUUUCAGUUCCCUCCAACUGAAGCAUGAACUGGAGCUCAUUCUUUGUCGUAGCGCAGCACCAUAGUUUAAGCCGUCGUGUUUGUUUGUAUUUUAUGUAAUUGAUUAUCACUACAUGUUUAUGUAAGAUUUUACCAGCCCACCGCGAUAAAUGUAUUCGAGAGGCGAGGCCAAUGGUUAGGUCAAUAAUUUAUUUUUCUGUAACUUCUUUUUGUUUAUUUUUUGUACUCGCUACGCUAAGAAAAUACAUUUAUAAUGUUUAUACGA